AUGUUCGUUAAGGAAAUCAUUCGGAAAAUGGGAUUUCAUCAUACUUGGAUUAGGUGGAUUAUGAGUUGCAUCUCAUCGGUCACAUAUUCCUUCAACUUCAAUGGCUCCUCCUAUGGUUUUAUUGAGCCAUCUCGCGGUCUCCGACAAGGUGACCUGUUGUCACCCUUCUUGUUCUUAUUCUGUGCGGAAGGUUUCUCUUCCCUUCUUGGUCAAGCGGAGGCAGUAGGAGAGAUCUCAGGAGUUAGUAUAGCAAGAAGAAGUCCAAGUAUCUCGCAUUUACUUUUCGCGGAUGAUUCACUCUUAUUUUUCAAAGCAUCGGUCUCACAAGCUACUAUAAUUCGUGAUUUGCUUAGGCAGUAUGCGAGUGCUUCCGGGCAGGAAAUUAAUCUCGCAAAGUCGUCGCUGUUCUUUCGCAGAAACACCCUAGAAAAUUUGCGUGUCCAGCUUAAACAAAUCCUCAAUGUAAUCAGAAUCGGAGGGCAGGAUAAGUACCUAGGGAUUCCUGCAUUAGUUACAAAAUCAAAAUCAGAAACCUUCAAAGAGAUAAGCCUCAAAGUUAAACAGAAAGUUUCGGGGUGGAAGGGAAGCUUACUGUCCUAUGGAGGUCGUGAAGUCCUUAUAAAGAGCGUGGCGACGGCAGUGCCCAUAUCAACAGGAUUAUAUCGCAUUUCUGAUGGGGUAGGCGAAAUACGGAGAACAAGUUACAUUGGGUCUCGUGGCGGAAAAUUUGCCUGA